AUGAAAUAUCAAGCCUCGAGUAAGCAUGUCUUCAGCCACCGCUACACCUUCCAGGACUACUCGAUCGAGCACUUGUCCCAUUAUGACGAUAUUGACAUUGUCAAGCCCUGGCAUCGGUGGUUGAUCUUGGUUCAGCCUCUCGUCAUUGCCGUUGUCUUUAUUACGUACAGUGCAUAUUUCGGGUACCGCAUCUGGUGUAAUUACCAGUAUCGACUUUUCAAGGGCGGCCUUGCAGAAGCAUCGUGGAUCUUUAUUUGCAUGGAAGGGAUCUGUCUAGUUCCCUACUUCUUUUGGAUGGUUGUGCUGCUCAUCUCCCUGGGAGACCGCAAGCGGCCCAAACUGCGGCUGAGGGGCGAUGCGGUGCCCACGGUCGAUGUGCUCUUCACCGCCUGUGGCGAAGUUGUUCCCAUGAUGAUGAACACCAUCCGGGCGGCCUGUAACAUCGACUACCCGCGUGAUAGGUACCGUAUCAUCGUCUGCGAUGACGCCGCGGACCCUGUUUUCAGAGACGCUGUCCAGGUUUUGACUGCAGAGUAUCCGCAUCUCUACUACCAGGCACGUACCAAGGCUGCUGGGAUGCCGCAUCAUUUUAAAGCCGGCAAUCUCCAGAGCGGAAUUGACUACGCCGUCGACCUUCCAGGCGGACCAGCUGAAUUUUUAGCUACUCUCGAUGCUGACAUGAUUCCUGACCCGGAGUGGCUGAGAGCGCUGCUUCCACACCUGCUACGAGACCCGGAGCUCGCACUGAUAUCCCCACCGCAGACGUUCUGGAAUGUGCCCGCAGACGAUCCCCUCUGCCAAUCCAUCUGCGAGUUCAUUCACUACUUAGAGCUGCGAAAAGAUCACAUCGGAGCAGCCUGGUGCACGGGCAGCGGUGUCGUGUUCAAGCGCCAUGUCAUCGACGCCCUUGGGGGGUGGCCAACACCAUCCAUGGCAGAAGACCAACUGCUCUCGUCCAUGAUGAAUGGCGAGGGCUACAAGACGGCAUAUCUACACGAGUUCAUGCAGGUCGGCAUGAUUCCCGAGAGCAUCAUAAGUCACCUGAAGCAACGUACACGCUGGGCCGUCGGAACGAUGCAGACUGCCAGAGUCCUGAAUUGGGGCUUCCCAGGGAAAUAUACGAGGCAUAUGACCUUUCCCCAGCGCUUGUGCAUCUUCACCUUUGCGUUCAACACCAUCAUGACGAUACCCGUCUUCAUCGCGUUCUGGAUCAUCCCCGCGCUUCUCUACUGGGGCAGAGAUCUAAUGGUUUACACGACCGCCGAGCAACUGCGCUGGCAGCUCCGCCUGUGCGCCAUCUGGGCCGUCAGCCUGCGCAUCAACGAAGUGGUCCUGACGCUGCCGUCGGGCUACAUCCAGGGCCAACGCUCCGCCAUGGCGUGGCAGUUCAUGAUGCCGUAUUUAGCUCUUAGUAUCCUGCGGUGCUACCUCCUGCCAAAGUGGCUUGGUGGUAAAGAGAUCGCCUUCCUCGCAACCGGGGCAGUCCGCGGCCGCUUGAACGAGCGGAGCGCAUCUCUGCGCGCCGGGCUGUGGGUCAGGAUCAAGCUCAUGACGGUGCACUGCCGGAUCUGGUUCUUUGUCUUGUUUGUCCUGUACUGCCUCGGCGGGGCGGGUACCGACUGGUGGCGGGCGUGGCGAGUCGGGCAGCAGACCGGCGACGUCAGGGACUCGCUGCGCCACUUGCUCGUCAACUCGAUGCUGCCGCCGACGUGGUGGCUGUUUCUCGUCACCGCGUAUCUGAUGCCCGUGGGCUACAUGCUCUUCCCGCCAACGGUCCCGGACCGCGACGAGAUGAUGGACUUUGACCCCAAGACGGGCGUGGGCCAGCCGAAGUGCAAGGAAAUCAAGCAGGUCUGGGGCGUCCUGCCGUUGAUACGCGAGAUUCUUUGGGGCUUGACGAUUAUAUACUGCAUAGUCCUCUUUGUAGGGACGUUCUUGUAUUGA